CUCAUACAAAUUCAUGAUGUCGCUGCCGGGUUCAAAAAAAUCAUGUCGCCAUCGACAAAGCGUUUAGAUAAUGAAUGAAGAUAACAAAGUGGAAGCUGUAGCCCGUAGCUCGUCGUUUUCUAUGUGUUCAGAACUUAAUAUUGAAUCAUGGACUUCGACGAUACCUUUGAUUUAAUAAUAAUUAUAUUAUUACUAAAUGAGGCCCGUAAAUGCCUUGACGUAAUAUUGAGUAGUCGAACUUCUCAUGAUCAGGAAGUGUACACAAGGCCGAAAAGAAUAGUUAACUUUACCAGAAAUGUUAAAAGUGCUGAAAGGGAUGUCGAAAGGGAUAUUGCUGUGUUUAAUCAGUAUUUUGAUAAAAUAUGUAAUAAAGAUGAAGAAGUGUUCAAUGAUAUGGUGAAUAUGUCAAAAGAAGUCUUUGAUCUACUCUUUAACUUAGUCAAACAGGACUUAACUAAGCAUUCGAAUCGUCCAUCUAUUACACCAAAAUGUAGAUUAUUUGUAACCCUUGUAUACCUGGCAAAUGGAGGCUCCAGAAGAAUGCUGGCGUCUGCUUUCGAAUUGGGACUGUCCACGGUGCAAAAGAUUGUGAUCGAAACAUGUCAGGUUGUUUGGAGCUCAUUAUCUCUUACAUAUCUGCCCAUUGAGCAGGCUCCAGACUGGAUUGCGCUGUCACAGCAGUUUGAAUCGAAAUGGAAUUUGCCCAACUGCUUGGGAGCAAUAGACAUAAAAACCAUUAUAUUAAAAUGCCCUAACAAAGAUAUUCCAAAUUUGUACGACAAAAAGGGAAAAUAUUCUAUUGCAAUGCUUGGUGCUUGUGAUGCCAAUUAUACCUUCACUGGUGUAGAUGUUGCGGUGUUUGGGUACAAAGAAGAUAAUGUAGUUUGGAAUACCGGGUUUGCAGAAAAACUAUUUGCAGGCAGAUUAAACUUGCCGGAAGAUAACAUUCUUCCAAAUAGCAACAUAGAAUUUCCGUAUUAUUUCGUGGGCGACACAUUAAGUCCUCUAAAAAAUCACAUAAUGAGACUAUAUCCAG